AUGACUCGAGAAAAGCUCCUUAACCUGCUGACUCUGGGUCAAGUGGCCACUAGCAUAUGCUGCGGCCGCCUUUGUGCGCACAGUGUGCCAACAGUUCCAGUGAAGAACCUAAAUGGAUCUAGCCCUGUGCACCCUGCUCUGGCAGGCAUCACAGGCAUCCUGAUGAGCGCAGCAGGGCUUCCCGUCUGCCUGACCCGCCCGCCCAAGCUGGUGCUUCAUCCUCCACCCGUCAGCAAGAGCGACAUCAAGCCUGUGCCCGGUCUGGGCCACUGCUGCCGCAAGACCACCAAGAAGCAGGCCCGUAAAGGCAAGACCCCUGAGGAGGUGGUGAAGCGGUACCUUCAGAAAGUUCGUAAUCCUCCAGAAGAGGACUGCACCAUCUGCAUGGAGGCCCUGGCAGGACCGUCAGGCUAUAAGGGCCCCGGUGUGGGCGGCAUCUCCCGGGCUGAAUCGGUGGGCCGUCUUGCACAGUGUGGCCACCAGUACCACCUCCAGUGCCUCGUCGCCAUGUACAACAAUGGCAACAAGGACGGCAGCCUGCAGUGCCCCACCUGCAAAACCAUUUACGGAGUCAAGACUGGCAACCAGCCCCCGGGCAAGAUGGAGUACCACGUCAUCCCACACUCACUGCCCGGCCACCCGGACUGUAAAACCAUCCGGAUCAUUUACAACAUCCCUCCUGGCAUCCAGGGCCCAGAGCAUCCAAAUCCCGGCAAACCCUUCACUGCCCGUGGGUUCCCCAGACACUGCUACCUCCCCGACAGUGAGAAGGGACGCAAGGUUCUGAGGCUGCUCCUGGUAGCGUGGGACCGCCGGCUCAUCUUCUCCGUCGGGACGUCCAGCACCACCGGUGAGUCUGACACAGUCAUCUGGAACGAGGUGCACCACAAGACGGAGUUUGGUUCCAACCUGACUGGCCACGGCUACCCUGACCCCGGCCACUUGGACAACGUCCUGGAGGAGCUGAAGGCUCAGGGCAUCACAGAGGAGGAGUGUCUACCCAGAGACUGAGCAGAGACACUCAAGACACAAGACACCAGACCGGAGUCUGUAAACUGCACGACGCCGGAAACGGGAUCUGGAGUUGGACAUUUUCAAAAUCUAUAAAAGACUAACUUUUACCACUACAGUUUAAAAAAACAAAACUCUUCACUGGAACUUUGCAGAUGUAGUUCCAGAAGAAUUCGCUGAGAUGAAAACUUCUCCUAUGACUGCAUGAGUCAGUUUGGAAACAUGGGGAAUCAUUGUCGUCCCUGAUGCAGUAACGGUGUCAGGAUCACAGAUGUUAUCCAGUGAGACAUUCGAGAAAAAAAAUCAUUUCUACUGUGAGACUUCUUAUCAAGAAUGUAACUAAGUCAAUUUCGCUGAAAUGGAGUGUUUAUCACUGCGACUGCUGCUAUGUGGAAUUGAAGGAGGUUAAAAUGAAGUCAAAAGUUGGGUCCGUAUGUUUUUAAAGUGUUAGUCCACAAGCAGAAAUAACUUUUCACAGCAGAUAAAUACUUCAUGUGUAUAACUGGAUAUCUGAGCAUGGAUAUUUGCUGACCUCUAGUGGUACUUUUCCAGAACGACAUUCCUUUUUAGGUUUAAUUUUUAACCUCUUAUUAUUGUAUAUUAUGAAUACUUGAUAUAUUAUAUUAUAUUGUUUCCAUUCUGUCAUAUUUUUAUAUUUUAAUCUUACCGUUUUUUUUAUAUGGUGUGUUUCAUUGCUUUGUUUUUGGGUGUGGCGAGACAGACUGGUGUACCUGAGUUUGCCUGACACUUAAUUUGCCAUUUACCAGCCCCCUUUCUUUUAAAAAACAAAACAAAAACAGUAAUUUACAGUAUUUUCUAUUUUGUAGUUUCACAAACUGACAUUCCUUAAUUGUUUUGCCCUCCGAGCAUGGGUGAGAUGAAUAGCUUUCUGUGUCUUUUAAUAGCUGCAUUAAUGUUAGGGACUGAUCGGAGGAGUAAAUACCCACAAUGCCAGGAUUGAACCUUCCGCCUGAGCUCAGAUUUGCACAGAGAGGACACGGGACAACUUGUAACUACUGUACUUAUGUGUAAGACACACACACCAGCCUCAAUUGCUCUUAUCAAACUACAAAAUGCGGCCAAUUAGUUGUUUUCGUCAUGUUUGGUGUUCGCCUGCAUGAGCAGGUGCAAAAGACUAUCUCUUGUUGUGGGAGCAGCUUUGGACAAAGUGGUCCAGUCAGUUUGCAUCCGGUCCAUCGCAGACCGGUUUAUGAUGAAGUACAAUGGACAAGAUGUACAACAGUAUUUGUUGACAUACUAACGUAGGCCAACAUUAAAAGCAUUUAUACUUUAUGAUACGUUACGUAUGCACUGUACUGUAUGUAUGUGUUUUAUGUGCACAAAUUUGCAUUAAACGUUUUUCUAAGGUUCCAACGUAUCAGA